CUAAGUAGUUGGAUAUUAAAAGUGACAAUGAUAUCGGUAUCGUACCCAGUACCCACCAUCAUCAUGAAUAUCAUAAUGAAUCAACACCAUCAAUCUCCUCAGCAACGGUGGGGCUGCUUCUUGUUUCUACUGUUACAGUUACAGUUACAUAUACACGUUGGUGCCGACGGUGGUGAUGUCAAACAAGGCCGCUACAGUUCCAUCUUCAGCUUCGGAGAUUCCAUCACUGAUACAGGAAACUCCUACUUCAUUUCUGAGGAGCUCACUCCCAACUGCCUUAUCCCACCGUACGGUGAAACCUACUUCCAUCAUCCCAGUGGACGCUGCUCUGAUGGCCGCAUCAUCACCGAUUUCAUUGCUGACUAUAUGGGCAUUCCUCAUCUGAGACCUUAUCUGGCCUUCAAGAAUGGCGCCGUGCCACGUGGCAGCAUUCAACACGGACUCAAUUUUGCCAUCGCUGGAGCCACGGCUUUGAACCGCACUUUCUUCGAAGACAAGGGCUUUGUGGUUGAUGCAACCACCAGCUAUUCUCUCAUGGUUCAGUUAGAUUGGUUCAAGGAUCUUCUGCCUUCUCUCUGCACUUCUCCUUCAAGCUGCAAACAAGUUCUUAGCAGCUCCUUAUUUAUUGUGGGAGAGAUAGGAGUAAAUGAUUAUGGUUAUCUCUUGGAAGAAACCACAGAACUUCAAAUGCUUACACCUUACAUACACCAAGUAGUAUCAGUCAUCACUUCAGUGAUCAGGGAACUGAUUAAUUUAGGGGCUGUAACGCUUAUGGUUCCUGGUAGUAUACCACUUGGUUGCAAUCCAGCCUAUUUAACAUUACUUGCGAGUCCCAACAAAGAGGAGUAUGAUAAAGCUGGCUGUGUCAAAUGGCUAAACAAGUUCUACGGACAGCACAAUGAAUUGCUUCAAAUUGAACUAGAUCGCCUCCGAGUUCUGUAUCCCCAUGUGAAUAUAAUCUAUGCAGAUUAUUUCAAUGCUGCAUUACGGUUUUACCGUUCUCCACAGCAAUUUGGGUUUUGUAGAGAUUUUAUCAAGGUUUGUUGUGGAGGUGGAGGACCAUACAAUUUCAAUGAAACGGCGGUAUGUGGCGAGGCAGGGGCGAUAGCCUGUGAUGAUCCUUCAGAAUAUAUUUACUGGGAUGGUUAUCAUUUUACUGAGGCUGCAUAUAGAUGGAUGGCCAAGGCCUUAUUCCAUGGACCAUAUACCUUUCCCAAAUUUAGUUUCUCUUGUAUCACACCUGAAACCUCUGCAGAUUUCAAUAACCAUUCAAUGAUAUAAGAAAAAGGCUUCAUCGAGUAAUGUACCUUCAAAAGUGUAUUAGUUCUGCAUGAUUCAUAAGAUUUCUGUUAGAUUGAACUGGUCUUGUAAUAGCGAACAUUAUCAUAGCUUUGAUUUGCUAUAUUAUUAUGUAUGGUGUUAGGCGUCUAAUUAUGUUGAACCCUGAUCAUCAUUGGUUUUUUGGUCAGUAAUGAUAAAUAACAUGGUGCUAGGGGCAGCACUUUUGUUAAA